AUGUACAGUAUAGCUAUAGUGACAUACAUGACACAGAAAAAAGCAAGAGUGUACUAUGUAUUGCAAAAAGGGAAGGAGGAGGGGGAUUCUGAUUUAGGGUACAGGGAUGAGGAACAUAAGGAAAAAGUGGGAGGAGCAGGAGAUAUAAUAUCUUAUCUAGAUGAAAUAGAACAUAGUAGUACAGAAGUAAAAGAUUUCAUUAGCUCAAGUCAGUGCACUCUCAGUGAAAGGCAGAAAGACAGAAUUUACCUCGAGGAAGCUUUAAGGAAUAAUUAUAAAGCAAAAGAAGAGACAACAAGUAAAGAUGAAGCCAGAUUAACACAACAUGUGAAGACUCUAGAGCUGCAGUUGGAAGACCGUGACCGAUGUCUUUUACUGGCACGCCAAGCCAUAUCUCAGCAACAAGAGGCCCUGAAGCAAUCAAAACACAAAAUGGAGCUGAAGAUACGUUCUUGUAAAAAAGAUUAUGAAGAUGUUGUCCUACGUCAUCAGAAGUUCAUAGAUCAGCUUAUUGCAGAUAAAGAGGCCUUGAAUGAGAAAUGUAAAUCACUAUUGCAUGAACUAAAAGUAGCUGAAUCAAGAUACACAUCAAAUCUAAAAGCUGCAGAGGAAAGACACUGCAUUGAUAUUAAAAAAGUACGUGAAAUGCAUGCAGCUGCAGAAAAAGUACGACGUGAGAAAUGGAUUGAGAUUAAAACUAAGAAAAUAAAGGAAAUGACUGUGAAAGGAUUAGAGCCAGAAUUGAAUCGUAUGUCAGAACAACAUGAAAAAGAGUUGUCAGAGCUCCGUGCACAGCAUGAGAAGGAAAUGUAUAAAGCCCAGCAGGAUGCUGCCCAGCAGCUCAGAGAACAGGCCCAGCUGCUUCAAGAAGAGUCAAGGAGACGUCAGUUGGAAGAAACAGCACAUGAAGCUGCUAGAAUAAAGGCCAGGUGGGCCAGGCUGCAAUCUUGGACAAACAAGUGGCUAGUGGAGUGCGCCAAGUCUUUGAAGUUGCGGAUGGAACGUAUGGAAAUGCUGCUGCAUCUCCACGACGUACACCACGAGUUGGCCUCCACACAACAACGCCUCGCGGCACUACAAGCAGACGACUCGUCGGCUACAGACAAGAUUUCCCUGCUUCAUACUACACCAUUGCUCACGUUGUCUUUUGGUUAUUACUGUGGCUAUUAUUCUGGUUUAGAUUCUGGUAAUUACUGGGGCUAUGCUUCCUUUAGAGUUCUUGAGAACAUGAAAAAGAAAGAAUGCAGCAGACUGUGUUUUCAGUGGUAUGAAAAACAACUUGAAGAGCUGGAAGAAUUGCAACAACAACAAAGAAACAAAUUGCUUGCAGAGUUUUCCAAGGAGAAGGAAUGUUUUACCAAAGAAAGAAAGAAACAUAUGGAUGAGUUGAGAAAGCUUAAAGAGAGCCUAAAUUCAGAAAAACUGGAAGAAAUAAAGCAGCUAGAAUGCAAAUGGAGUGAAUCUGUAAAACAGCUUGAAAUAAAGCAUCAGACAGAACUGCAAAUGGUGAGAGAAACAUUGGAAAUGCAGAAGGCUGCAUGGAUGCAUGACUGUGAAAAGAUGCAGAAAUUGUAUCUUCUGGAAAAGGAAACAGAGAUCAGAGAAGAAUAUAAGAGAAACCGAGAUAGAGAAAUUGAGAAAGCAAUUGAAAAACUGGAAGAAGACUGUGAAAGAAUGAAAUCAGAAACUGAAAAAGCAGCAGAAGCAAAGGCAUUGAGACUUAAGGAGCAGUAUGAAGCUGAUGUUAGAGAACUUGAAACUGUGAUUUCAACUCUGAGAAGUAAGUGUAAUGAUAUGAAAGAGAAGCUUGAUGAGAGAGAAGGUGAGCUUGCCCACCUUAACACAAGCAUCAGACAACUGCAAAAAGAGCUUUCAGAAUCUCAAAAGCUUAUUGAGCAGUUUUCAAGUGAAAGAGCUAAUGUCAAAGAGAUUAUUAGAAAAGAAUUUCUAUCACAAAUAAUUAUUCUGGAGGAAGAAAACAUUCAGUUAAGGGAACAAAUUGCUGAAAUACGAGCAUAUCACCAAAUGGAAAUUUCUGCCAAAGAAAAGGAACUUAGGACUGCAGCUGCUGACAAAGAGCAUGAGUUUCAAGAAUUAUAUAAAAGGGUGAAAGCAGCAAUUGCAAAAAAGGAGAAAGCAAUUCAGCAACUUCAUUUGAAAUAUGAGGCAGCAUUAGAACAGUGUACUCAUCUUGAAAAUGUUUUAGAACAACAUCAAAGAGACCAUUUGUUUCGAUAG